CGUGCCCAAACAUCUGCUCCCGCGCUUCGUCAAAACAUAUGGCCCGCCUCCAGCCCGCCGCCAAACGAGAGAGACCGGUUGUUUGCGUCGUAGCCGACAACCGACAGUCAAACGUCGUCGUCAUCGCGAGCACACGCCAGAAGACCGAACCCCGGUAAUAGUGGUCGUAAUAAUAACAGUAAUAAUAAUAAUAAUAAUAUCGCUACCGUUGCGAGUGGUCUCGAUCGUCGCGAGUGCAGACGCCGUUCGCCGGACGAAGGAUAUUCCAGGCAGGACACGUUCCAAACGAUAUUUUAUAUACGUUUAUAAUAUAAUACAUAUAAUAUAUCGAAUCACGGCACCAGAAGAGCAUCGCCAUGUCACGUGGCUACUACAACGGUGGUUACAACCACGCAUGCGAAGUGGACCAACACCACCGGUACGAAGAGAUACCAGAUAUCGAUCCUUCCAUGGACUUCCUGCAGGCCGACGAUACGUCCGCCUCGUUCUAUUACAUGGAGUCACCGACACGGUUGCGCAGGCCUUCGGACGCCGCGGACCCUGCCGAACGGACGUUGCUCCUGCGCGCCCAACAGCACAACCACUAUCAACAGCUACAGCAACUGCAGAUGAACGGGUGCCCGCCGCCGCUACCGGCCGCUCGAGUGAGGCGCAACACUCCGCCACCCGCGGCCGGCGGUGACCGGUCAGUGGCGGCCGUGACGCCGUGCAAGGCCAGACGCCGGUUGGACGUCUACGGUGACGAGUCGGGCUCCGUCAGCCUUCCGUCCACGCCGUCCGGAGCCGGCCGAACCGCCGACGUGUUCGCACCGAUGAUGGCGCAAACGGCGGCCGCGUUCAGGCCGGUCACCGUGCGCCGGGCCCGGUCGUCAGCCGCCCUCUACAACAAACACAAGCGGCCGCCCGAGUUCCUGUCCGAAUACAAUCUGGACACGUGCGUGCCGGCCACCGGCGUCCAGUACAACCGGCCCAGGAAUACGGCCGUCAUACAGCCCAUCUACAAUAAGACGCCCUUGCCGUCUGUGUUUCAGGUCGAAGAGAAAACGACGCCACAUCAGGCCGAGUCGCCCGCCAAGCCAUCGUGGUCGCGGACUCCGCCGGCCCGGACGCCCGUCCAAUCGCUGCCCGUUUGCACGCUGUGGUCGGCCGCCAUGGUGCUGGUGGUGUCAGGCACGGCCAGCUGCAUGCUGUGCUUCUACCUCAUGUCCCGGCGUGGCCGGCUGUACUAUCUGAACGCCGGGCUACUGGCGGCCGCCGUGUGCCUGGUGCUCGGGUUCCCCGGGUUCCGGUCGCAGCAGUGGCGGUGGCUGCCCAACCGCAACUACGUGACCGGUUACAUACUGGUGGCCAUGUUUAGCGGGCUGGAGACGUGCGCGCUGUGGCUCAUGUGCCAGAGCACCGUGCUGGACCCCGCGCUCAACGACAUCGGGGCCGGCGUCGUGUGCGGCAUAUCCGCCCUGUCCGUCACGCUCGCCUGUCUGGGCAUCAGCACGUCGUACUGUUGCCGGUACCCACCGCCCGACAAUAGGGUCGCGCACGCCGUUGAGGGGUUCGUCGUGUAGACUGUGCAGGUGCACCACGGCAUCCAAUCACACCCAUCCUCGGGAUCAAUGAUCGGCUGUCGUCAAGCUAGGACUCUCGUUCGUUGUGUAUAUUUAGUUAUUUUUUAUUUCAAAUAGGUAUUAUGUACAAUACAAAACAGAUUCGUUUAUCGAUACGUUUGUGACGAAGAUUUCAAAAUCAAACGAACACGAGCUUAAUAAUAAGUGUAUAUAUUAUAAUAAUUGUUAAUAGGGGCGAAUUAUCGCGUCGAUAUUGUUUCCAAAAAUUGUAUUUAUAAAUUAUAAUAACUAUACAUGCGUUUGUAUUAUAGGACGCGUACUACAGUGUAAAUAGAUAAGAAAUUAAGCCAGUUGACUUAUAAUAGGUAGUUAUUUUAACUUAUUUUUUAAUUUUACAAAAACCAUUAGGAUGUUUGUUCUAUGUUUUCUUUGUAUUUUAUCAUACCUAUUAAAGUUUAUGUAACGUAAAAGCUAUAUUCUUUGAAAAAAAAACAACUUUUUCCUAAGUCAAUCUUUGAUACAUAUACAACUUAAUCAAUUGACUUAGUGCGUGACUUAUCUACGAACUAUAGUACAUUAAUACUACAUUACAAAGGA